CCCCCGGAAAGCGUCUGGGCGUCCCCAAAUCACGGCUUUCUAGCCUCUUCGGCCUCCGUUCUCAGACCCCAGGGGCGGGGCUUCUCAUCGGCUGAUCGGCUGCUGACUGCGCUCUCCCGUGUGCCGGCUGUCUGCUCGCUAUGCCUACGCCGCGGGGUGACGUGACGGUCUUGUUCCUCGGGCCUCCGGGCUCAGGAAAGUCUGCGCUGAUCGCAGCGCUGUGCGACAAGGAUGUGGAGACGGUAGAGAUCCCCGACGGACGGCCGGAUUCCGGGCUCCCCAGCUUGAGAGCUGCGGGUCCUGGCCUCUUCCUGGGCGAGCUGAGCUGUCCACCCGCAGCGCCGGGGCCCUGGGCAGCGGAGGCCAACGUGCUGGUACUGGUGCUGCCCGGACCGGAGGGGAAUGGGGAGCCCUUGGCUCCAGAGCUGGGGGAGGCAGCACGGGCCGCCCUAGCCCGAGGGACCCCGCUGCUGGCUGUGCGGAACCUCCGUCCUGUUGACUCACAGAACGAAGCUCAGGCCCGGAACCAGACAGCGGCCCUGCUGGACAGCGCUGGGCUGGGAGCUGCGGCUCUCUUCGUGGUACCGACAGACUGCCGCAGCAGCGACGGCUGCGAGGAGCUGGAGCGCCUGCGGACGGCGCUGCGGAGCCAGGCGGAGGCGCUGCAGAGGCUCCUGCCACCCGCUCAGGAUGGCUUUGAGGUCCUGGGCGCUGCAGAGUUGGAGGCUGUGCGCGAGGCCUUCGAGACCGGUGGCCUGGAGGCGGCGCUGUCGUGGGUUCGCGCCGGCCUGGAGCGACUGGGCAGCGCGCGUCUGGACCUGGCCGUGGCGGGUAGGGCUGACAUGGGCCUUGUGCUGGACUUGCUACUCGGGUUAGAUCCUGAAGACCCAAGUGCGGUGCCUGCGUCGGCGCCCGAGGGGCCCACGCCCUACCCGGCCCCAGAGCGCCCCAACGUGGUGCUCUGGACGGUGCCUCUGGGCUCCGAGGGCACUGCUGCCACCCCCCACCCAACCCACUAUGACGCUCUCAUCCUUGUCACCCCUGGGGCCCCCACUGAGAAGGACUGGGCCCGGGUCCGGCCCUUGGUGCUACCAGAUGCGCCGCUGGUCUGCGUGCGAACAGACGGCGAGGGCGAGGAUCCGGAGGCUCUGGAAGAAGAGGAAACAGCGGAGCAGCCCAGCGGCGAGAGCUUAGAAAACGCCGGCGGAAGGGAUGUGGAGAACGCACGCAGUGAGGAAAGGGAGAAACGUGGCCCCGGAUCGCAGAAAGCAGGCGGCGGGGAAGGUUCAGAAGAAGCAGGCAGCGAGAGUUUGCAGCCGGUUGGCGUGGGCGUGAAGAGAUCAGGCAGCGGGGACUCAGAGCACGCGGCCGCCUUGGGCCCGGAGGACGAGACGUGGGAGGUGCUGGAGGAGGCGCCGCCGCCGGUGUUCCCGCUGCGGCCGGGCGGACUCCCCGGGCUGUGCGAGUGGCUGCGGCGCGCGCUGCCCCCGGCCCAGGCAGGAGCGCUGCUGCUGGCGCUGCCACCCGUGUCUCCCCGCGCAGCCCGAACCAAGGCUGCGGCGCUGCGGGCCGGGGCGUGGCGGCCGGCCCUGCUAGCGAGCCUGGCGGCGGCGGCAGCUCCAGUACCAGGGCUGGACUGGGCGUGCGACGUGGCGCUCCUGCGCGGUCAGCUGGCGGAGUGGCGGCGGGCGCUGGGGCUCGAACCCGCGGCGCUGGCACGACGCGAGCGCGCGCUGGGUCUGGCGCCAGGGGUGCUGGCCGAGCGGACGCGCUUCCCGGGUCCGGUGACGCGCGCUGAAGUCGAGGCGAGGCUGGGCUCGUGGGCGGGCGAGGGCACCGCCGGGGGCGCGGCGCUGGGCGCGCUCUCCUUCCUGUGGCCCGCGGGCGGCGCGGCGGCCACCGGCGGCCUGGGCUACCGCGCGGCGCACGGCGUCCUGCUGCAGGCGCUCGACGAGAUGCGGGCCGACGCCGAGGCAGUGCUGGCACCGCAGGUGCCCGCGCAGUGAGAGGUGGGUUGAGGACCGGGGUGCCCUGGGUCCCGGCUGCCCGACUCUGUCAGCGGCUGCGGACUCCAAGUCCCGGUUGGAGGGAGAGGGCAUGGGGGUGGUCCAGACUCUAGCAUGGGAUGUCUGGGCCUGUGAGAUAACAGAGCAGGGGGCCGCCUCUCGGAAUCCUGGGUGCUUGAAGGGGAUGAGGGCUCUGACUACCGGUAGAGAUGUGUGACAUCUAGUCACCAGGAUUCCUAGGUCCUGAAGGGGAAUAGAGUUUGGGGGACAGGACUCCUGGUUUCUCUGGGAGCCACAGGAUGUGGACUCCUAGAAGGGGACAUAUCUUGGUCUCCGAGGGAGUGGACACUGGAUCUAUUAGAUGUCUAGUCCUCCAGGGGGAGAGGGGGUAGAAGCCCUGAUUCUUGAUGAAGGGUGAUUGCAGCAUGGGGGGUGGGGUGUCUGGGUUCCCUGGGGAGCUGGAAUCUUGGACUUCUGAGCCACAAAGGGAUAUAAGGUCUAGGUUUCCUGGGUGGGGCUAGGCCUGCAUGCAGCCUCCCAGGUCCUCAAGAGGCAGUGAGCUUUGAAACUUUACUGGGGUCUCAGACUUAUGGCUCCCAAGAAGGCUGGGACCUUGGUUCCUAAUUCCUGGGUGGUGGGAGAAGGGAACAGGUGGGCUGUGUGAGAGAGCUGGGGACCCUUUGGUCCCUCUUGGAGAAUAGAGGGGUGUCUACUAUUUGUUCCUCUGGGGACCUGGGGACUCAAAUUUCUUUCCCAUCCUCUGGGGAGGAUGGUACCACAAAAAUAAGAGGAGGAAGCAAGAGGUCCGGA